AUGGCAGACGAGUACUUCGAUCUGCCGCCGUAUAUGGCCAUGCCCGAGCCGCAGGUGCGCUCCAUAUGUGAUCACGUGCGGCCGGACCGGCAGACGCUGCUCUUCAGCGCCACCUUUAAGAAGCGCGUGGAGAAGCUGGCCCGUGACGUGCUCACUGACCCCGUGCGCAUCAUACAGGGUGACCUGGGCGAGGCGAAUCAGGACGUGACCCAGCGUGUGGUGGUGACCGGCGCCGGCGCGCCCAAGUGGGCGUGGCUGAUGACCAACCUCGUCUCCUUUACCUCGGAGGGCAGCGUACUCAUCUUCGUCACCCGAAAAGCGAACAGUGAAGAGCUCGCCAACAAUCUCCGCAAGCAAGACUUCCAGCUGGAGCUGAUCCACGGAGACAUUGACCAGGUGGAGCGGAACCGGAUCAUCACUUGCUUCAAGCAGAAGCAGGUGCCGAUCCUGGUGGCGACGGACGUGGCUGCGCGCGGGCUGGACAUCCCGCACAUCCGCACUGUGGUCAACUACGACGUGGCGCGCGACAUCGACACGCACACGCACCGCAUCGGACGCACAGGCCGCGCCGGGCAGAAGGGUACCGCCUACACGCUGGUGACGCCGCGCGACAAGGACUUCGCCGCUCACCUGGUGCGCAACCUUGAGGGCGCCGGACAGGAGGUGCCCGAGCAGCUGAUGGAGCAGGCCAUGCAGAACGCCUGGUUUCGCAAGUCUCGCUUCAAGUCCGGUCAGGGCAAGAACCUUAACGUGGGCGGCCGUGGUCUUGGCUACCGGGAGCGGCCGGGGCUGGCAGCUGCCUCGGAACCUACUGAGACGACAGGUUCGGCGGGUUCGACGUUAGGUGGCACGUACGGGGCGCCGGCCGAGGCGGCAGCGGCGGGUCCCGCCGACGCCAGCGCCCCUAGCGGCCGCGGGCCGGCCAGCGAGCGUCUGUCGGCUAUGAAGCAGGCGUUCAAGGCGCAGUACAUGUCAACGUUCACGGCGGCCAAGGACACCUCCUGGCAGAAGACGAGCUACCCGGGCUUCGUGUCGACGAGCAUUGUGACGGGCGUGGUGCCUCCUGCUGGCGGCCCGCCGCCGUCCGGCGGACGGCGAACAGCAAAACGGCGGAAAAAGAGCCGCUGGGGAGUGGGCUUCGGGUCACCUGGUUCUGCAGCCCUGACGUCGCGCCGUUCGCCCUCGGUGCUGGGCGCUGUCCCUGUAAUGACGGCUAAGUCCCCGUUCGCCGGCUGA